AUGCAACAGAGUCGUAGAGUUGAAAAGGUUGACAGUGCAAACAAGCACGGGAUUUUGCUAGAGAUGGUCCAAGUUUUGACAGAUCUUGACCUUGUUAUUUCCAAAUCAUACAUAUCCUCUGAUGGUGGAUGGUUUAUGGAUGUGUUCCACGUGACGGAUCAACUCGGCAACAAAAUCACCGACGAAAGCCUCAUACUUUAUAUUCAGCAGGCACUAUGUGCUAGCAGGAGAGGGAUUUCAAAGGAGGUUAGACUAUGCCCAGGAAGAAAUGUGACACCCGGGCGGAAGGACUUAGCCCUAGAAAUGACCAGCAAGGACCGACCGGGCCUAGUGUCUGAGAUAUCCGCGGUCCUUGUUGAGUUGGGCUGCAACAUCACUACUGCUGUGACUUGGACCCACGGUACCCGGGCGGCCAGCAUUUUCUACGUGGAAGAUGGGCUGGAAGGUGGGCCCAUAACAGACCCAAUUCGGCUGGCCCAUGUACAGGAGCAGCUAGAACAUGUAGUUAAAGCCCAUCAUGAGGAGGGGGAGAAAUGGAGUGUAAGGCUGACCACCCCGGCAGGUGGCCACACCCACAAGGAGCGGCGGCUCCACCAGUUGAUGUAUGCCGACGAGGACUAUGAAAGUUGUCGUGGUUGUGACGGUAGUGGCAGCAGUGCACACAAGAAGGGUUGUGAUCGGACCCAUGUGUACAUAGAGAGUUGUAAGGAGAAAGGGUAUUGGAUUGUGAAUGUGAGGAGCAUAGACCGACCCAAACUACUGUUUGACACCGUGUGUGCCCUAACCGACUUGCAAUACGUGGUGUUCCAUGCGGUGGUUGCCUCCAGGGGAACCCUGGCAGAUCAGGAGUAUUUUGUCCGGCAUAAGGAUGGCUACACUUCGAAUAAAGAGAGUGAGAGGCACAAGCUUACCCUGUGCUUGAUUGCUUCAAUAGAGAGAAGGAUCUCACAGGGCUUGAGGUUGGACCUGUGCGCUAAAAAUAGAAUGGGAUUGUUAUCAGACAUCACAAGGGUUUUCCGAGAGAACGGACUAUCAAUGUCGAGGAUUGAGAUUGGAACACGUGGUGAAAGAGCAGUAGGAUCAAUCUAUGUAACGGAUGCUUCGGGGGAUGAAGUAAAUCCAAACGCAGUGGAACUGGUGAGAAAGGAGAUUGGAGAAUCCAUCAUUGCAGUUCACAAAUCCCACAAGUGGGCUCCACAGGCCUCCUCCUCCUCAAGGACAAGCCACAAAAUACACAACAGAAGAAUAGAAGAAGAAGACAGGCCCAGAUUCUCACUUGGAAGCUUGGUCUGGUCUCAUCUGGAGCGCCUUUCUAGCAGUUUUGGGGCCAUCAAAUCAUAAUUAAGCUCCUAAGUAAUCAAUUAAUUAAUGUGGUGCUUUUAAUCAGGCUUAAGGUUGUGUCUGUAAAUAAGUGUGUGAUCAGGGGUCAAGGUAGUUCUUCUCUUCCUAGGCAGCUUGUGUUUUUUAUUUGUACAGAUUUGUUUUAUUACUUUUUCUUUUUUAAGUAACUGUAGGAAGAUUUGAACCUUAGAUUUUAGCUUCAGCCUCAUCCCACGCCACUUGAGCAAAGUCUCAUGGGCAUUCAUUGUACAGAUUAGUUUCAAAUCCAAGAAUUUUUAUGCAUAA